GUGAGACAAGAAUAAACCAUGGCAGCAGACGGCAGCUCCUUCCUGCUCUUCCUAACAGCGGCUUUUUUGUACCUUUUUAUUCCCAUUGGGGCCCUGCACACAGUCGGCUCCCUCCCUCUAGACACCGUCACUUUUUACAAGGUAAUUCCCAAACAGAAGUAUGUCCUGGUAAAGAUUGACACGCAAUAUCCAUAUGGAGAGAAACAGGAUGAGUUUAAGAAAUUAGCGGAAAACUCUGCUUCCAGCAAGGAGCUCUUGGUGGCUGAGGUGGGAAUAUCAGAUUAUGGUGAAAAGGAAAAUUCAGAACUUGGCAUGAAAUACAAAGUGGAAAAGGACGACUAUCCUGCCUAUUUGCUAUUCACUAACGGGGAUUUGGAGAAUCCAGUCCGGUACACCGGUGAGGUUAAACAGGACACCAUUCAGCAGUGGUUGAAGAAUAAAGGUGUGUGGGUUGGGAUGCUCGGCUGCCUGGAGGAGUAUGACUCACUGGCUGUGGAGUUCCGCAGCACAACUGCCCAGGAAGAGCGCCAGAAGAUCAUGGAGAAGGUGAAGGCCAUGGUACAGGUGAUGCCAGAGUCUGAGCAGAAACUGGCAGAACAGUACCACAAAAUUAUGAGCAAGGUUCUGGUGCAAGGUGACUCAUUCGUCCAUUCUGAGAUUACACGGAUUGGCAAACUACUGGGAGAGAGCAAGAUGAGCUCAGCUAAGAAGGUGGAGUUUCAGAAACGCCAGAACAUCCUGAGCUCAUUUCAAAUACCCAGCAUUGCAAAAGAGGAUUUGUAAGAAUGAAUUGGGAUCUGUUAAAGUCCUUAAGUAAAAAGAAGUAUCCUACUGUAAGCCAUGUCACUGCUGAAGUUGCUAAGAAAAGGAGGACCCUGCCAUCAGGAGUCCUCUUCUGGUUUCUCUUCUCAAAGGCUCUGACUCUUGCAGUAUCUCAGCUGAGCCUGAUCCUGUUCUCAGCUGCCACCUUGCAGGACCCACUGGAUAUAUCAGGAGAACUAGCUAAUUUUUUUUUGCCCCUCCCUUCCUAAUCCAAAGGGACCAAAAGCCAAUUAUGGCAUCUCGCACCUAUCAGUUAACUCCGCAGUCUUGGACUCAACCCUCAUACCUUUUUACUCUGUCUGGCUCAUAACCACAUAUUUAGCAACAAAGCCCUGGGGGAAGUCUUAAGACCCUUCUUCGAAAGGGAAUUUUCACCAUCGUUGUGGCAGCACAUUGUGUUGAAGCUUCAGGAGCAUACGCUGAUGGCGGGAAAUAAGUCACUGCCCAAUAUGCUCUUCAUAGCACAGAGUUCCCAAUCUCAGCUGUGCUGCUACGAGGAGCUGCUGGUGGGAGUGAUACCAUUGCAAAUCGAUUUAAAACUGACUUCUAACAAGCAUCCAAUAAAAUAUUUUAAAGUACAUCAAAAUUUAUAGAAAUUUUGAAGUUCUUCAGCAGUGACAUGGUUAAGUCUAUUUGUUUACAAACCUUUUAAUUUUUUAAUUCUUGCAAAAGAACUUUUUCACUAACCUUUUGUUGAGGGUUAAUCCCAGUAUUGUUUCAACGUGCGGUAAUCUGAAGCAGCACAGGUCUGUCCUGUUACUUCCCACAUGGCUAGUUCCUGAUAUCAAAAAUGCCACAGUGGGCUGUAACCAAACAGAGGUCAGGAAGUCAAUAAGAAGUAACAAUAGAAGAUAAUACCGUUAGAAUUCUAGAUACUGUAGUAGUGGAGCCUUUUUUUACUUCCUCUUUAGCUAUAAUACCUCUGAACAGUAUUCCUUAACAUUGUGUCACACUGGAAAGCAAGAGAAGGAACAAUGUGAAGUCCCAACUAAGGUGGACAGGUGUGUCUGGGCCUCCAUUCAUACAUGAAAAUGCAGGUAUGCCAAACACCACAGGUGAAUGGAGGCAGGUGUGAGAAAGCCUUCCCUCUUCCAGCAAAAGACAAUCUGAUUCCCCACAGGAGGGUUUCUCAGCAAAAUCUGCAGCGAAUCCUUUUACAUUGCAACCCCUCCACAAUUUCCAGAAGUGAUCUCAACAAGAGCAGAGCAGAACCUCAAAUCCUGUUAUUCCAUGGACUGUGUAAUACUUUAAGGAAAGGUGUUGUCUAACUACUGGUGACACCUGUACACCUUACAAUUAUCCAUAUUUUGAUCUUCCCCCAACAGUUGAUCUGUGUUAGGAUUGUCCUGAUAUGCAAAUAACCAUUUGUGUGUUCUAUUGUAUGAAUUGGUUUCAAAAAUUUAUUAAAAAUUAUAAUUUACACUUAA